ACUGUGGUAAUAUUUUCAAUCAAGAGUGUAUACGUAUUAUAGGUCCAGAGUGACGACACCUUAUCAAUACACCUUGUUAUGUAUAUGUGGUUAUCACUCUCUCAGCUACGAAUUAAGAUAGUACUAUCUUAGUUCAUGGUACUCGACCUGACAUGUCCAUGUUCUAUGCUUACGCCGUACUCAACGAUGGCAAAUGUCAAUAUUAUUAUAAUAAUUGGUAUUGUUUAACAAAUAAUUAGCUAUUUGUAAUUCGUAUUUCGUUGCAGUCCGUACUCUGUAGUCACUACUCCUGAGAAAAAAAGAAACAAGCUCAUCAUUUCAAACUGAUAAUUGGAAACACCGCAAUUGCAAUGGAAGAAAAAGGAAAUCCAAACAGUAUUAAACUUCCUGAUACUUUGGAAGUUUUCAGGAAUUUAAAAAAUGCAAAACAAUUUGCUAUAGAUAUUGGUGGUUCACUUACAAAAAUAGCAUAUUAUUCAACAGUAUCAUUUAGACGAGUUUAUUAUGCCACUGAUAACAUAGACAAAAAUGAUGACAAAAAUAAGGAAGACAAACAUGAUAAGUUUGUUUAUACAUAUUCUGAACAAGCAAGGUUACAUUUUGUCAAGUUUGAAACAAAAUAUAUUGAAAACUGUUUGGAUUUCAUUGGUGACAAUUUAGUUAACAGCGAUGAACGAAAAGGAAAAAGCAUUAAAGCUACUGGAGGUGGGGCAUACAAGUAUAGCAAACUUAUUCAAGACAAAUUGGGACUAAAAGUAGAUAAAGAAGAUGAGCUUACUUGUCUAAUCACAGGAUGUAACUUCUUAUUAAAAAAUAUAAGUGAUGAAGCAUUUGUUUACCACAGAAAUGGUAGCCCAGAAUAUGAGUUUCAAACAGCUGACCCACAUGUAUUUCCUUAUAUGUUAGUUAACAUUGGCUCAGGUGUAAGUAUUUUAAAAGUUGAGUCGGACAAUUGUUACGAGCGUAUUGGUGGGACAGCUACAGGGGGUGGCACAUUCUGGGGCCUUGGUACACUUUUGACUAAAGCCAAAUCAUUUGAUGAAUUACUUGAUCUUGCCGAAAAAGGAGAUCACAGGAAGGCUGAUAUGCUUGUAAAGGAUAUAUAUGGUGGAGAUUAUGAAACUCUUGGCAUGCAUUCAGAUUUAAUUGCAUCUUCUUUUGGAAAAAUAUGUCCUCGUCAAAAUGCAGAAAGUGAUUACAAUGAAGCAGAUCUGGCAAGAAGUUUACUGUUUGCAAUUAGUAAUGACAUUGGUCAAAUUGCUUGUUUAUAUGCAAUGAUGCAUAAUUUGAAAAAGGUAUAUUUUGGUGGUUACUUUUUAAGAAAUCGUUCACUCAGUAUGCAUACUAUAUCAUUUUCUAUAAAAUAUUGGUCUAGAGGAACUGUGCAAAGUUUGUUUUUAAGACAUGAAGGAUAUUUAGGAGCAAUUGGGGCAUUUUUAAAAGGCACUGAAGAAUGCGAUGGUGAAAAGUUUUCGUGGUUAGAAAAUUAUGCUGGUAGUGGAAGUAACCGCACUCAGUUGUCAUUUGGCAAACGAGUUGACCAACUCGAACUUGAUCGUUGGGAAUCCCCUUUAACAUUUUGCCCAUUGCUCAAAGAUCCAUCUAGUUACAUUCCAGAUACAGUUGACUUAAACUCAGAUAAAGAAGCUAGAGAAUAUUGGUUAAAUUGCUUUGAAGAAAGUAUAGAAAAUUAUGUGAAUUAUGCAAUUUCCAGUCAACCAACUAGUGAUACAGCUGAAGAACGGGCCGCCAUGUUCAAGGAGAAAUUUAUUUCUCGGGUGCAAUUGCUUAAAAUACAACCUUUUGCUUAUGGUAAUUUGACUGUGAGGGGUCUUUUGGAUACAAUCAAUCAAUGUCUUAAAGAAUUUGAUUUUCCUGAUCCGUAUUUAAUUCAAAAACGAACAGAAAAUGAAUAUGCACUAACAUGUUUUCAAGAACGAUUGGAAGAAUUAGAUUCUUUAGACCUAGAGGAAAGACAAAAAGAACUAAUCAUGGGUGUCUUAGCAGGGAAUACUUUUGAUUGGGGUGCUAAAGAAACUGUAGCUUUAAUGAAAACUGGUGAAUUUGAUUUUAAACAAGCAAGAAACCGAAUACCUGCUAGACCUUGGCUAAUUGAUAGUCUGGAUAGUUGGGUUGAAAAGAUAUGCAAUGAACCAUACAAAAAAAUUGCAAUUUUCAUCGAUAACAGCGGUAUUGAUAUAGUUUUGGGAAUACUACCAUUGGCCAGAGAAAUGCUACGUCAAGGCUCAAGAUUAAUACUGUGUGCAAACUCAGCUCCAGCACUUAAUGAUGUCACUCAUUCAGAACUUGUUGUACUGUUACGUCAAAUUGCGGCUAUUUGUCCUAUUAUUUCUAAAGGGUUAGAUGAAGGUAGGUUGAAAUCAAUGGAGACAGCUCAAGGUGGGCCAUGUUUAGAUCUCAGUCGAUUGGAACGAGAAUUGGCAAAUGAAUUGAUAACUGUGGAUUUAAUUCUAUUGGAAGGAAUGGGUCGAGCUGUUCACACCAAUAUAGAGGCAGAAUUUGUGUGUGAUUGUUUAAAAUUAGCCAUAAUAAAAAACCGUUGGUUAGCUAAACGUUUAGGCGGCGACAUGUUUUCAGUUGUGUGCAAAUUUGAAAGUGUUAAUGUUUCAAAAUAAUUUUUAUCAAAUUUAAAAAAAUCCACGUUUUAUAUUAUUUUUAUUAAAUUAUAAAUUCUAAUAUUGCUAUGAUAAUCUCAUAGUAUAAAUUACACAUAUUGUGGUAUUUGGUUAAAACGGGAUCUCACGACUUGUGUAUUUGACGAAUAUCCACGAAUACACGAAUAAUCGGCAAGUUACCGACAAUCGACGGGAGGGUGGCAAAUAACAAAUAUCGAAUAUUCGUCAAAUACACGAUUCGUGGGAUCCCGCCUUUAAAAUUAAUUAUUAUUAUUUAUAAUUUUCACGAAUGGCAUCCUUAUAAUUUUGUUUUAAACAAUUUUUUUACACAGUUGUGUAUUGUAAAAGUAAAUAAUAUUUUAUACAUUAAUUGACAUUCAGCUCUAUGGGAACUGGCCUAUGCGACAAAAGUGCUGAUGUAGCCGCUCUCAGACCCAAAGCAACACAUUCAUCUUGUGAUUUUCCUUGUAAGACUCCAGAUAUGUAUCCUGCACACAGACUGAAAUCAUAAAAAAAAAAAAAAAUUAAUGAUAUUAAAAUCACAUGUGUCAUAUUAUUUUUUAUAUUUAUUUUUCAAAUCGAUAAAUAGGUGUUACUUGUUUGAAUUUUAUCACUGUUAUUGUUGUUGUUGUUGGUACUUUUAUCGUUAUAAAUUAAGUUGCCAUGUAUUAUUGUAACAUUGUCAUAUAAAUAUUAUGUUAUCAUGAAAAAUCAAAGAAUUAUUGUAUCUACUUAAUAAAUUAAUUUUGUUUAAUCAAAAUCUUAAACAUGUCA